AGAUUGGUACGUACCCAUAUGCAAAAACAGCGAGGAAAGAACAUAUUGAUAUUGAUUGACAUAGGAAAUUUCCUAUACUAACAUACCCUUUUGAGCAAUUCAAUCACCAGUUGUUAAUAUUUUACCUCCCUUUUCAUUUCACAUACCAUUAAACCAAAUAAGAGAAAAACUUUCAGGUUUCAGAUCCCACAGACCCAAAAAAUCCUUCAUCAUCAUUCAUUGAUAUUGUUGUGAUAUUGAAGAACGAAGCUUUUCAUUUUCAAAACCAAUCACUACUAUCGUUUACAUAGAGGAUAUCUUUUGGAGAUUGUGUAUCUGAUUUGUACAGCUAAGAAAUCAUUCAAGGGCAAGUUUGAUUGAAGUACAAGAGAGUGGUAAAUAUUAGUCAGAAAAAUGGGAUCUUUCAAGGGCCAUGCUUUGCCGGGGACGUUGUUUUUUGUAGUUGGGGUGUGGCAUAUUUGGGCUUCUAUAGUGAGAUAUGUACGUAAUCCUAAGAUGUUUCGUGUUCGGGCGUGGAAUCCUGUACCGGGUUUUGAUGGGAGGCUAAAGUACUUGGAGCUCUAUGUUGUUGCAAUUGGUGCUUUUAUUGAUUUGUGUGUUGAGUUUUUGUAUUCAACUCACCUCAAGAUAUUUGUUGGUGGUGUCCUUAACCCUUCUCAUAUGAAUGAUUUUGAGCACUCAGGGAUGCUUCUUAUGUUCUUUAUCUAUGGUGUUGUUGCUCUACUUAGUGAAAAGACCAGAUUUCUUCCAUUGCAAGAAGGUGUUCUAUGUUUCCUAGCUGCCAUGGCAUUUUCCGCCGAAUAUCUUCUAUUCUCCUUUCAUUCAACAUCACAUAAAGGUCUCGAGGGCUACUACCACACCCUCCUCGUCUUCCAAAUAGGACUAUGCAUUUUAUCUUCAAUUGCCGGAGCCCUUCUUCCAAACAACUUUCCAGCUGAUUUAAGCAACGGCAUCGCUUUAGCGCUGCAAGGCAUAUGGUUCUAUCAAACUGCUUUUGUUCUUUAUGGCCCUAUGCUACCGGAUGGUUGCAAGAUUAAGGACAACAAGAUCAUGUGUAAUUCAGUUGACAGCGAGAUUCGCGGCGAGUUGCUAGCUAACUUUCAGCUCUUUGUUGCCAUCCUCGCGGUUCUUGUUGGAACUGUAGCGGCUUAUGUAUUUGCAGCUUCAAGAUAUGCGAAUUCUGAAGUUAAUGAUUUGCAUACAAUUCAGGAUGGAUUAGAUCAAAACUGAAGUAGGGUUUGCUAUUUUGGUUUUUCUCUUUUUUUUUUUUAAAAAAAAAUUUUAUUUAGCAUAUUAGCUACACUUGAGUAUUUUGGCACUUAGUUUAUUAUAGAAUAUGUCUGUAUAUUGGAGUUAAAAGGUGAAAAGAAGAUUAUACAUUUUUGUUGUGCAGUGACUUUUAGUAAGUGGUGUAGAAGGAAUAGGAAACUUAUUCUUUUAUGUGGCAUAUAUUUUGAUUACAUAAUGAAUUUGAACAAUUUAUA